AUGUUUGAGUCGCUGUGAAUGCCAUACACCCCUCACCGACACACAUACACCCACCCACCAGCCUCCUGCACGCCACAGGACCCCCUUUUCAUUCCUGCGCACAUCCCCUGUAGUCUGACCGGAUGAGUUACCCGGUGGACACGAUAGGGAGCCCCUUCCGGAGAGUUAUGGAUACUAGGACGAGCAGCAGUUACGGCUACAGCCGCACUCCCUCCAGCGGCUUCCGCUCCCAGUCCUGGUCCAGGGGAAGCCCCGGCUCCACCAUCACCGCAUCCUACAAGAAGAGCGUGAACAUGCCGGUGUCCCGGGCUUACGGCUCCACGGUGCUCAGCUCCGCCGACAGCGUUGAUUACAGUCAAACCUCCAUCAUGAACGGAGACUACAAGCGUUCUAACGAGAAGGAGCAACUUCAGGGGCUCAACGACCGCUUCGCCGGUUACAUAGAGAAGGUGCAUUACCUGGAGCAGCAGAACAAGCAGAUCGAAGCCGAGAUCCAGGCGCUGCGGCAGAAGCAGGUGUCGCGCUCCCAGCUGGGAGACCUCUACGACCAGGAGCUGCAGGAGCUGCGCUCCGUGCUGGAGCAGAUCCACCAUGACAAGGCGCAGAUUCAGCUCGACACCGACCACAUCGAGGAGGACAUCCAGCGGCUUAGGGACCGCUUUGACGAAGAGGCGCGCAUCCGGGAGGAGACGGAGGCCAUCAUCCGUGUCCUGAAGAAGGACGCGGGUGACUCGGAGUUGGUGAAGUCCGAGUUAGACAAGAAAGUUCAGUCGCUGCAGGAUGAGAUCGCCUUCAUCCGCAACAACCACGAGGAGGAGGUGAGCGACCUCAUCGCCCAGAUCCAGGCUUCACAGGUGACCGUGGAGAGGAAAGACCUGCAGAAGGCAGACAUCACCGAGGCUCUGCGGGAGAUCCGCUGCGAGCUGGAGGGUCACUCCAACCAGAACCUGCAGCAGGUGGAGAACUGGUUCAUGUGCCGUUACUCCAAACUCACCGAGGCUGCGGACCGCAACAAGGACGCGAUAAAGUCCGCCCGCGACGAGAUCUCCGACUACCGCCGCCAGCUGCAGUCCAAGACCGUGGAGCUGGAGUCCGUGCGCGGGACCAGAGACUCACUGGAGAGGCAGCUGAACGACAUCGAGGACCGUCACAACAGCGACCUGGCCAGUCUGCAGGAGACAAUUCACCAGCUGGAUAAUGAGCUGAAGAGCACCAAGUGGGAGAUGGCUCGCCACCUGCGCGAGUACCAGGACCUCCUGAAUGUCAAGAUGGCCUUGGACAUUGAAAUUGCUGCAUACAGGAAACUCCUGGAGGGUGAGGAGACCCACUUCAGCACUUUCCCCUACCGCCAGACGGUCACCUCAACCAAGAUCUCCAAGCCUAAAUUGGAAACUCCCAAGCUGAAGGUGCAGCACAAGUUUGUGGAGGAGAUCAUCGAGGAGACGAGGGUGGAGGACGAAAAGGCCGACCUCGACGAGGCCCUGGAAGAGAUCGCACAGGAGCUGUCUGCCACGCUUGGACAGGCCAGAGAAGAAGACGAGGAGGAGGAAGAGGGCAAAGAGGGUGGAGAUAGCGAGGGAGCAGAGGGUGAGGAGGAAGAGGGAGACGGCGGAGAAGGAGAGGAGGAGGAGGAGGAAGUUAUAGCCGCCAGUGAAGCAAAAGUAAGCGCUAGCGCACCCACCAAGGAGGAAGAGGAAGAAGAGGAUGACGAGGGUAAAGGAGGUGAUGAAGAGGAAGAGGGAGAAGGCGGCGAGGAGGGAGAGAAGGAAGAGGAAGGUGAGGGACAGGAUGAAGACGAGGGAGAAAAGGGAGAUGAUGCAGAGGGAGGUGAUGAGGCAGAAGCAGAAGCAGAAGAGGGAGGAGAGGAGGAGGAGGUAGUUGAGGAGACAGUUUUGUGCUCCAAAGCUCCAGAGUCUAAAGCCUCUCCUGACAAAGAGAAGGCUGAAGAAAAGGAGGCCAGUGGAGGAGAGGAGGAGGCAGCAGAGGAAGCUGAGGCCAAGGAGGACGAGGAGGAGGGCGGUGAUCAGGACGAAGAUGCAGGCUCUGACAAGGCAUCCAAGAGUGGAGACGAGAAAGAGGAAAAGGAAGAUGAGAAAAAGGUGAAAGAUGAGAAAGCAGAUGGUAAGCCAGAAAAGGAGGUAGCCAAGGCCGAAGCUCCGAAAACAGAAGCUGCCAAGCCUGAGGCUAAGAAGGAAGAAGCAUCCAAGCCUGAAUCCCCCAAGUCUGAAUCACCUAAACCAGAAUCUCCUAAAGCUGAAUCUCCCAAGCCUUCAUCUCCUAAAUCUGAAUCUCCUAAACCAUCAUCUCCCAAAUCUGAAUCUCCUAAACCAUCAUCUCCCAAAUCUGAAUCUCCUAGGCCUUCAUCUCCUAAAGCUGAAUCUCCUAAACCAUCAUCUCCCAAAUCUGAAUCUCCUAGGCCUUCAUCUCCUAAAGCUGAAUCUCCUAAACCAUCAUCUCCCAAAUCUGAAUCUCCUAGGCCUUCAUCUCCUAAAGCCGAAUCUCCCAAGUCUGAGUCUCCUAAAGAAGGCUCACCAAAGGCUGGCUCUCCCAAACCUAGUUCCCCAAAAGCUGAAUCCCCAAAGUCAGAAUCUCCUAAAGCUGAAUCCCCAAAGUCAGAAUCUCCUAAACCUGAAUCCCCAAAAUCUAAAUCUCCUAAAGCUGAAUCCCCAAGAGCUGAAUCUCCUAAAGCUGAAUCCCCAAAGACAGAGACCAAGCCUGAGUCUCCCGAAGCUGCUGAAGAGAAAUCUGAGAAACCGAGCGAGUCCACCGAAGACAAGAAGGUAGAAAAGAAGGACGUUGCCAUGAACGGCGACAUGGACAAGAGCAGCCCUGAGGAGGAAGUGAAGAAGGACGAGGGGAAAGAAGCCGACGUGAUCGCCAACGGCGUGGACGAGAGCCCCGUGAAGGACGACGGCAGCCAGAAAGUGGUCAUCACCAAGACUGUGGAGACCAUCACCACCGGCGAGGACGGCUCCAAGCACGUCACCAAAUCUAUCACUGUGACCGAGACGGUGAAGGAGGUGGAGGAUGUGGUGCAGGAGCAGGUGGUCUCCACGAAGAAGACGGAGAAGCACUCCACCCAGUCCAUCAAGCAGGUGACAGAGGGCAACUGAGCGGACACCACGCGGCGGAUCCAGCGGACAAGGAGGAGGAGGAGGAGGAGGAGGAAGAGUACGCGAUGACAAGCAAUCAACCCUGAACUAACAUAACAAAGAAAAACAUACAGCUAGAGCGAUGUAAUUACAGAUAACCAACUCUCAAACAUACGAAACAAAUCAUAGAGAGACGCCAAAACGUUAAUGCUACAAGUUUCAAAAAAAUGCAUGUUGAGAGAAAGCUUUAAAAACGGGCUUCGCUGCAGACGCGGUUGAGAAGCAAGUGACUGAGACAUUUUAAUCCUCCUUGUUCUGUUUCUUUCUUUCUUUCUUUCUUUCCGCAGUUCAUGGGUGAGCUCACAGGUGGGAGGGAGCGGGGGGUCGCUGCAUGCUAGCUCAGGGGAGGGGAGCACUUUCCUCUCUUAUCUGUACGUAUGGUAGAAAUACACGAGUAAAGCUAUAAA